AUGUCUGACACAUUCCAAGAACUCGCCGAUAUCCCCAAGGACUUCGUCCGCGAUGGCAUGCAAUUUGUGAACCGCUGCACCAAGCCAGACAAGAGGGAAUUUCUUAAGAUUUCUCAAGCAGUUGGUGUCGGCUUCGUUAUCAUGGGUGCUAUUGGGUACUUUGUCAAAUUGAGUGAGUUGCCUCCUAUUAUGUCUGCGACUUUGGGUGCUUUGCAUGAGCCUUAA